CUACCUAACGUCUACUCCGUACGCACGACAGAUAGAAGGCUCCCGUUGUCUGUGUGUCAGUCCGUACCUUUUGCCCAGUAAACAUUUUCCGCCGCACGGGAAUGGAACAAGACUGCGCUUUUCUUCUCGAACCCAAUAUAGCCUAAUCGUCCCAUCAUCAUUCUCAUUCUUGUUCCCCCCGGUCGUCCUUUUCUUUCCAUCGUGUGUUUGUGUGUUUUGGUCCCCUUCUACGGGAUACCUACUUAGCUUGUUUACACCACACCACCACGGUCACCUAUCUCACCUACCUGAGCGCUGCGGUCUACCUCACCACAUUUCCCUGGUUCGCUUGUUCGACCUUUUCUCCGAUUUCCUCCCUCUCUACGGAGUAUUGUUUAUAAGCAAUAAACCUUCGACUACCAGACUGAGACCCGUCAUAUAUCCAUCCAGCCAGGAAGGCGGGCCUCGACACCGACACCGUCACCGACUCCUCGACCCAUAGUCGGGCUCUCCGAGUAAUCCUCACAUCUCUCUCACUGAGCCCGAACCUGAACCUGAACCUGGACCUGGACCUACCUAAACCCAACCGCACCUUGCCUGGCACAGACACUCACAACAAUACAACUUUUUUCUUCCCCUUCCCGGUUUCCUCUCCUCAUAUCGCUUAAUCACCAGUUCGCCGUUCCAAGACAGCAAAAUAUCGAGAGAAUUCCAAGCUUCAACCAAAGCAACCCACCGACACUCUCUUCUCCCACCCCCGGGUUGCCGUCUCGUCCCGCGCCUGCGCCUACGCCUGCACUGAUAACCCACAUCUCCGGCACCUUGCCAAUCUCCUCCACCCAUCUUGCUCCAUCGUCCCCAAACAGCUGCGCGCUCUUUCGUCGCCCUAUUCGUUGUCGCCCACCAUGGAUCCCUCUACAGGGCCGGGCACACCGUCCCAUCCAUCUCAUCAGUCCCACGAUAGCUCGACCACCGCAUCGCCCACUGAUACUCGUCAUCAGCCCUCAAGGUUCGACUCUUAUGUCGCCUCUCGCGACGAAGGUCUCUCCGAAAGUUUCCAGUCCUUCCAGUCUACCGACACGGUGCGGAGGCGUCCAGAAGGUGGUGGCUACGGUUCUAUACAUACCCAAGGUUCCGGCUCUCAAUACCUGGCCGACCCGUCCGCCCACGAUCGAUCGCAUUCACGCUCGACAACAACUGCUAGUGCUAGAUCGCCCAUGAUGGGUCCUGAACGCCCCAAAGCUGCGAAGCCGCGAAAGCCUCCCAUGCCCCGUCGCCUGUCAACCAACCCAUCAGCACCACACCGCGGCGAAGUCUUUUCUGUCGACGACGACAUUGAUGAGGUCGAGGCAGAUGCCGCCGGCCGUCAUCAAAGCCGUCAGGGCAGCACCGCUUUUGGCACCCGCCGCCGGCCUCAACUGGCAACCACGCUAUCGCGCGUUCAAUCUUCACGCAGUGAUACUGGAAUCGAGGACGAUGACGAUAAUGAUGAAGUCGAGGAUGGUCCGCGGACACCCAGAGCUGACGAGGAUGCUCCCGAGGAAACCGAGCGCGUUCCUUCGAUACACCCCAACGAAGAUGACAUUGAUGCAGAGUCGGAUGGCGACGUGAGCGACGCCGAGAGCUUUACGCUCAAGGAUCGUCAGCAGGCCAUCAACCAGACCCAUCCAUUCGGUAUCAGGUUGUGGAAGCCUGCGUUGUACAAGAAAGAUCGUUCGGUGCAGAAGAAUGCCGAGGGUGAUAUUCAUUCAUCACCUGGCGGAAGAGUUCAUACUUGGCUUGUCUUCUUCAACCUUCUCUGGACCUUGUUAUUCGGCUGGUGGAUGGCAGCUUUCUCAGCUCUCGGCGCUUUGGUCUGUUUCUUGUUUGCCGCAACCCCUAGCGGCAGGGAAUACGGCAGAGUUCUUUGGGGCUUGGCUGGCUACCUCUUCUAUCCAUUCGGCAAAUAUGUGCGCCUGGAGCAGGAUGACGCCUAUCUGGAUGAGGACCAAGGCGAAGGACGAAGCAUUUCCGAGUAUGAGCAGUGGCAGAGUGGUGACCUGGAAUAUGGCCGCCUCUUCUUUGGUCCAGAGGGAUCUGAACGCAGCCGAUCCAUUGUGGGACGGUCGCGCAGGAGCAUCGACUCUGAGCCCAGCGAGACUGACAGCCUCUUGGGCCGUUCUCGACGCGGAGAGCGAAGCCAGACACCACCCCAAACCAAGCGCCGUUUGUUUGGAAGAGGCCAGUGGAACAUUGGCCGCGUGGUCUUCUUCUUGUUCUUCUACCUUUUGCUCUCACCCUCGCUGAUCCUGGUGUCCUUGAUCUGCUGGUUCCUUGUCUUCUCGAUUCCCAUGGGCAAGGUCACGAUGCUGCUCUUCGACCAACUGCGCCGCCACCCCUUGGCUCUCUCGUUCGAGUCCGACAUCGUUCUCGCCCGGACAGCUGACACGCCGCACUCGUCAAUCUUGCUGUGCACAUACCGCGCUGUCGGUAUCAAGUACUGGAAAUACACAAUCGACGGCACAAACGUAUUUUUGAUCAACCUCAUGGGUGUCGUCUUCUUCGUCAUCUUUGACUAUCUCGUUCUCGACCAAGUCCUCGAUCUGAAGCUCUUCAUCACGUCACCCGCCUUCCUCUUCAUUGCCGGCUUAUUCUCCAUCGUACCGCUCGCUUAUUUCAUCGGCCAGGCCGUCGCCUCGAUCUCGGCACAGUCUUCAAUGGGUGUUGGUGCUGCCAUCAACGCUUUCUUCUCCACGAUUGUUGAGGUGUUCCUCUACUGCGUUGCCCUGAGCCAAGGCAAAGGCCAACUCGUGGAAGGCAGUAUCGUGGGAAGUAUCUUUGCGGGUAUUCUUUUCCUCCCGGGUCUUUCCAUGUGUUUUGGUGCCAUCAAGCGCAAGACGCAGCGUUUCAAUGCCAGGUCUGCCGGUGUCACUUCGACAAUGUUGCUUUUCGCCGUCCUCGGCGCCUUUGGACCCACGCUCUUCUACCAAAUCUACGGCACUCACGAGCUCAACUGUUUGGACUGUGUCAACCACGGUGGCAUCGGGGGAGGUCUGUCUCCUGUUGGGGACGGACGCGACUGCAAGCGAUGCUUCUUUUCCCAGACUCCGGCGCUCAAUGAUCGCUUCUAUCUCGAGGCUGUCCGUCCGUUCUGUUACUUUUGCGCCACGUUAUUGUUCCUCUCCUACAUUGUAGGACUGUGGUUCACGCUGCGAACCCACGCUGCAGUAAUUUGGAACUCAGAGAUCGACGAGAAGAAGCACGAAGAAGCACACGCCCACGCUCAUGCCCAUGCUCACGCUAGACAGUCGGGUCCUCACUCAUUUGCCGAGACCACUGGUACCUCAGUCGACGUCCGUGACUCUCACCUCUACAAACGCAUCCUCGGCCAGUCGCUCAAGCAGGUUGGCCUUGCAAACAAGAAAGAUGACAGCUCUCGUCAGGGGUCCGUCACCGGAUUGGGCUUGAGUGCUGGCAAUGGCAGCGUCAGCAUCCCGCACGUCGUGCCUCCGAAAUCUAGCGGCAGCGACACGGUCCGCUCUACUGUUCACAUUCCUGGAUUCUCAGAGGCGGAGAACAACGCAUUGGUCCGAGAGGUGGCCGAGAUGGCGGCCACUGCGGCCACGAUUGCUGCGCGGGAGCGGAUGCCUCGCAGGACCUCAGCACUUCCCCCGGGUUCGACUGCGGCUACUUCGCGCCCCCCGGCCCUCCGUACCGCUACCGUUGCCGACAAUGAAGAUCUCGCAGCAGCAAGCACUGCCCAAGUGCCCCACGGUGGACAUGACGCUCCCAACUGGAGCCGAGGCAAGAGUGCCUUCAUUCUCAUGGGUGCUACUGUACUCUAUGCCAUUAUUGCCGAGAUUCUAGUGGACACUGUAGACGUCGUUCUUGAGGGCUUCGCCAUUGAUGAGAAGUUCUUGGGUAUUACUCUUUUCGCGCUGGUCCCCAACACGACCGAGUUUUUGAACGCCAUUUCGUUCGCUAUGAACGGCAAUAUUGCGCUCUCCAUGGAAAUUGGUUCUGCCUAUGCGCUUCAAGUCUGUUUGCUUCAGGUUCCGGCUCUUGUCCUAUUCUCUGCGAUUUACGUCACCUCGGAUCGCUUCGAAGACCUCACUGCGCACACCUUUUCGCUCCUGUUCCCCCAGUGGGACAUGGUCACUGUCAUCAUUUGCGUGUUCUUGCUUAGCUACAUGUACGGUGAAGGAAAGAGUAACUACUUCAAGGGCAGCAUUCUGCUGCUCAGCUACCUUGUAGUCAUUGUGGGCUACUACUUUUCAGGGUACACCGAAGACGCCAUGAGCGUGAGUCGUUUUGAUGUCAUGGGCGCCAACGGACAGUACUCGACCAUCAAGACUGUUGGCCGGAGAGUGAGCGGCGCUGUUCUGCAGUGAUGGAGUUUUGACAAAAAGGAUGGGUAUAGAGGAGAGGCGGUACCUGAAGAGGGGGAAACAUUAUUAAAGGGCGGUAGAAGAUCAGAGGUUCAUGAAGCCCCAGUUUCAACCUGGGGCUUUUGUCAGUUUUUCGUCCUACAGGACAUUGCAUUAUUUUGGUUUUCGCAGGCGGCUAUGAUGGGACGCUGACGGCGUUACGGAGAAGAGCACAUUACCUAGAUUACCCUGUCGUUUCAUCGCGGAUCGCUCGGAAUAUACAUCCCUAAUGUUCAAACCCC